GCGAGCGGCCUCCUCCACCAAUCACAAGCCAGGUUUACUGUCGCCCUCAUGCCAGCCUCCAUGUUGACUGUUUAGGCUCUCUCAGGGACACCUCAAGAUGGUUUCUUUUGUCAAUAUAUGAUAAAUUACCUGCAGCAUGUGCUCGUCCUCGCAGGACUUUCAGUUUCUGGACCUGACGGGGGUGUGUGAAGAUGACAAGCAACAACUUUUGGCACUCUUCACCUGCGACAACCCUGCUGUUGUUGUGUUUGCCUCUGAUGCUCCUCCAGGUGGCCGCAGGUAUGGAGUCGUGGAGGGAUCCAUGCAGACUUCACCCACCUUAACACCCCCACCCCAACUAAUCCUUCAGGUCAAAGAGGAUGAGGAGGAUGGGGAUGAUGGUGAAGAGGAGGAGGAAGAGGAGGAUGAAGAGGUUGAUGAGCAGCAGGAGGAGGAUUCCCUCAUUUCCGAACAGCAGAUCCCAUGUAAUGUUUCUCAAGAAGAACUUGGUGGAUCUGGCACUUUCCUCCCAGAUGGGGGCUAUGCUGAUGAUGGUAAGGUGAGUGUGAUGGCUGGGUCAACACCACCACCCCAUGCAACUUCUGUUACCAGCGUGACCAUCGCAUCAACCACCACUACUACCACUGUUGCAAUAACUGCUUCUGGUGCUGGCGCAGAAGUGGUGAGUGUGAGGGGCUUCAAUGUACCACCUCCUAAUGUUGCAGGACAAGGCCAGCUGGGAGUUCAACAGGGUGGACAGCAAGCCGGGCAGCAGGUCUACCAACCAUAUCCACCGACUUCUCCUAACAACCCUCCAAUGUACAAUCCUCAUAUGCCUCCACCAUCUCACCCACAGCUGCCCCCUAGCAAUGUUUAUACUCAGAUACCACCACCACCGGUACUGCCUCAUGGAGCCACUGUUUAUGUAGCUAACUGCCAUGUGAAUUUAUCACCAUAUAGUGGUACACAGACACAAGUACCUGUUCUUACUUCAACUCCCGGACCUUCUCAGUCCCCCCCAGCUUCUGCUAUAGUGCCAUCAGUACCAAUUGUACAAGAGCAGGCAGCUGUGCAUAUACCUACAGUUAAACCAAUACAUGAAGGUAAGACAGACUAUGAGAGAAGAUAUGAGCAGUUUCGUCCAACCCCCAGGGGACGUGGUCGUGGACGAGGACGUGGGAAGCGUAUUAAUGCCGAGAGGAGUAGCUCUGUAAGUAGUGAACAUUCUGGAUAUGGAGAUAAGCAUUAUGCAGAGAGUGUGGGACCAACACCCUAUGGACCUGUGGCUGUUUAUCCAAAUGUACAAUAUCCACUGCGUGGAACUGGGUAUCCCUCUUAUCCAAGUGUACCAGCAGCACAGACUGUUCAAGGCUUGCCUCUUAUGUAUACUCAACCACAGCCUUAUUCUCAUUACAUGUACCAAGCACAUGGUCAGGGCCAUUUAGUUCCAUAUCAGCAGCAGCCUGGUCCUGGGGCCCAGCAUCCAGCUGCUCUCCAGCACAUGCAUCAACAUCCUCAUCAGUUGCCUCACCAGCCUCCCCACCACCAACCACCUCCUCACCAUCAGCAGCAGCAGCACCCUCAGCAUCAUUAUCAUCACCAUCCAGAGCCUCAGCAUAUACAGCAUCCUGCCCCUCAGGAUCAUCAGUAUCAUGUGCAGCCACAACAAUCUCAUCAACAGCAGCAGGCCAGCUUUCCAGAGCCUCCAGAAAUUAACAGCUCAUCUGAUUCUCAUUCUAAUCAACCAUUUGUGUCUGUCUCUCAGACAGCAUCCACACAGUUUGAAAAUGCCAGUUCUUUAAGUCUUCAGACCCCAGCUGCUAAUUUGCCUCCUUCUGUUACAGCUCCUCCUGAAGGAGAAAGAGUCAGUCCACUGACUACCCAGACUGCAAGCCUGGUCCUGGAAGACACUGCAGAACCUGCCGUCUCACCCUCUGGCACCCCAAAUGCAAUGCAGGAAUUGCACAUUUCAGAGGAGCCAGAGUGUGUCCAACCCACAAAUGAUGAAUCUGGGGGUAAUGCUGCAACUUCGAUUGACAAGCACCAAGGGAACACUCAACCAAUGGAAAUUCCACAGAUACCACCACAAGUGCAACCACACAUUCCACAAGUGCAUCCACAAGUGCCCCCUCAAGUUCUGACACAUGUAUCAUCACAGGGACAGGCACAAGGACUGACACAAGUACAGCCACAGGGUUCGUCACAUAUUCCACCAUUGGGCCAACCUCAGAUGCCAUCACAGGCUCAGUCUCGUGUACAACAGCAACAAGCACCAACUCACAUGCAUCCACACAUGCCAGCCCAAGGCCAGCCACCUUUACUACCUCAAAUACAGUCACAAGGGCCACCCCAGGUGCAGCCACACGGGUCACCUCAAGUGCGGCCACAAGCACCACUGCAAGGGCCUCCUCAAGUUCAGCCACAAGGUUCAUCUCAAGUGCUAGCACAAGGGCCACCCCAAGUGCAACUGCAGGGGCCACCCCAGGUGCAGGUGCCAGGUACAACACAGGCACCUCUACAAGGGCCACCUCAGAUGCAGCCACAGGGACUCCCCCAAGGGCCUCUACAAGGGUCACAUCAGUUGCCUCCUCAGGGGCCACCCCAGGUACCUCCUCAGGGGCCAUCCCAGGUGCCUCCUCAAGGGCCACCCCAGUUGCCUCAAGGGCCACCCCAGUUGCCUCCUCAAGGGCCACCCCAGUUGCCUCCUCAAGGGCCACCCCAGUUGCCUCCUCAAGGGCCACCCCAGGUGUCUCCUCAAGGGCCAUCCCAGGUUUCUCCUCAAGGGCCAUCUCAGGUGCCUCCUCAAGGGCCAUCUCAGGUGCCUCCUCAAGGGCCACCCCAGGUGCCUCCUCAAGGGCCACCCCAGGUGCCUCUUCAAGGGCCACCCCAGGUGCCUCUUCAAGGGCCACCCCAGGUGCCUCUUCAAGGGCCACCCCAGGUGCCUCCUCAAGGGCCAUCCCAGGUGCCUCCUCAAGGGCCAUCCCAGGUGCCUCCUCAAGGGCCAUCCCAGGUGCCUCCUCAAGGGCCACCCCAGUUGCCUCAAGGGCCAUCCCAGAUUUCUCCUCAAGGACCACCCCAGAUUUCUCCUCAAGGGCCAUCCCAGGUGCCUCCUCAAGGGCCACCCCAGGUGCCUCCACAAGGGCCACCCCAGGGGCCUCCACAGGGGCCACCUCCGAUGCCUCCACAAGGGCCACCCCAGGCACCUCCACAAGGGCCACUCUGGGUUCAGUCACAGGGGUCACUGCAGGUUCCACCACAAGGGCCACCCCAGGUUCCACCACAAGGGCCACUCCAAGUGCAGACACGAGGGCCACAGAAGUCCCAGGUUCGGAUGCCAUCACAGGUACCGCUACAACCUAAUGUGGCUACCAACAGUCAGCCAACAGCUGUAAACCAAAAGGCAGCAAGUCAGUCUCCAAUCAAUUCAUCUACUAUGAAUCUACCAAGUGCAUGUCAGCCUCAUAUGAUUUUCCCACAACUUAAAGGGAAGAAUGAUCACAUGUCUGCAGUAUCUAUCUCGGGAGACCAUACAGGCUUGACUGAUAUUACUUUUAUGUCUGAUGAGAUUCAGCCUAAUGUUGAUCCUCAAGAAGCUGUAGAUUUUAUGUCUCUUCCUACACCUACAAUGAUAAGUUCACCUAUAAUUACCAAAGAUAUUCUUCCAUAUAAUGUUCCUUUCACAGUGACAUCUAGUGCAGACAGUGCUAUGCCUAGAAAAAAUAGCAUUGGCAUGGUGCCAUCACCGUCAUUACCAGACGCUAGAAUUGUGUCCAUUGUUAGUGAUAGUAAAAUAAUGCCACCUAUUUCUUCAUCUCCAUCACUGCCUAGUCCUGCUCUUUCAGAAGUUAGAAAACCACAAGUGGUGAUGCCUCAUGUUGUUUCCAAUGCUGUGCCUGGUGGUGCAUGGGCUCAAAAGAAAAGUUGGUCUCAACUGUUCAAGCCAUGUGAUGAGGGUGCAGCUAAACAAGUAGCUUACGUGGCACCCUUUCAGCAGGAAACAGAAAAACCUCGUGCAGAAAUUUCGUCACCAUUGGAAGCAGUGGAACAGAAGAUGCCUGAUCCUCCUCUUGCUGAGGCUGAUUUGGAUAAAGCAAAAAUUGGAGGAAUGCUUCGUGAAUACAUCCAGGACCACCACCAUGUAGCUCUCCAACCUCGUGGACUAAUCAACAAAGGGUACUGGUGUUAUGUCAAUGCUCCUCUACAGGCUCUCUUGGCUUGCCCUCCAUUCUAUAACUUGAUGAAAAGUAUCCCAAAUAUUUCUGGUCUGAAAAAAGGGAAGUCUUCCACACCAGUCAUCGACAGUAUUGUGGAGUAUAUCCAUGAAUUUUCUGACAUGACACCCAUGUUGAAGCCCUGCAAGAAGGACAAGGCAAAUGCUGCAGCACGCAAGGAACCAGAUAUUGUCACGGGUACUCCAUUUGAGCCAUCAUAUGUGUACAAGAUGUUAGCCACUAUGAAUGGGGAUAUGUUCACUGAUGGCCGUCAGCAAGAUGCUGAAGAGAUGCUCUCAUUUGUUUUGAAUGGGCUACAUGAGGAGAUGGUGGAAGCUUUGAAGUUGGCUGGUGAGAUCAGUCCCCCGCCUCCUUCAAGUGAAACCUCAGUUAACGGUUCUGUUAAUGGAGAUGAUAAUUCCUCUGAACAUGAAGAAAUGUCAGAUGAUGAUUGGCAGAUGAUGGGUCCUCGGAAACGUUGCAUUGUGACACGUACAGCCACAUUUAGUCCCUCUCCCAUCAGUGCUAUUUUCUGGGGACAGUUAAGAUCUGUUCUUCACCAAUCUGGUGGCCAUACUACUGCCAAUCUUCAACCAUUUACAACUCUACCACUUGAUAUACAGUCCGCUAAGGUGGAUAGUGUUCGUGAUGCUCUAGAACAACUGGUUAGUCGGGAAGAAAUUCCGGAUUAUACAGACUCGAAAACCAAUCAAGACGUCACAGUAUAUAAGCAGGUGUUGCUGGAGCAUUUACCCAAUGUGCUGAUUCUCCAACUAAAGCGGUUUAUUUAUGAUGUAGACGGUGGUCUUCAAAAAGUGAUGAAGAAAGUGAAUUUUCCAAUUGAUCUGGAAAUCACAAAAGAAUUGAUGUCGUCAAACAGUCGUGGAAAAUUUUCCCAUCUUCAGAGGAAAUAUAAACUGCUUGCAGUUGUAUAUCAUGAUGGGAAGGAGGCAAAUAAAGGCCAUUACGUAGCUGAUAUAUAUCAUGGAGGUUACAACUGUUGGUUAAGGUAUGAUGACAGCUGUGUGAAAGUUGUCCAAGACACUAAUGUAAUUCGACAUGUCCCUCCUAGAGUCCCAUAUCUCCUCUUUUAUCGCCGUGGAGAUACUGUGGUCGGACUCUCUACUAAAGCAAAAUCAUGAACUGUCUAAUUUAAUGGUUGAAAAAUUAAUGGAUUAUGGUAAAUAAUCCAUGAAAACUGUAGAUUUAUAUUCUCAUAGCAUGAGCAUCGAUAAUUAUAUUUUGGAUGCAUUGGAGUAAAGAGAUUGGUUGUUAUGGACCAGGGCACUGAUUUAGUUUACUGUGUAUCUAAGUGAAGUGUUGAGUACAAUAUUUCCAUAACUUUGCAAAUUUUGAUCAGUAGCCAAAUUUAACUCAUCCUAAUAAUGAAUAUGAAAAUGAGAAAUCAUACUUAGUUUUAGAGAGCAAAUAUAGCAGAAAAGGAACUGUAAAUUUAUAAUUGACCUUGUUAGUUCUAUUACAAGCAUAUUGGUUAAUAUAUGUACAUGUUUAGUGUUGUGAAAGAGCUUUAAAUAUAGAUCUCACUGCUGAAACUGCUAACAGAACGUAAAGUGCAACUUGCUGCAAGUGAAGUGAAAUACACAUGGAAAAGAAAUUAUUUUUGUGGUGACCAGAAAAAAGAAACCUUUGUGUACUUACUGUGAAAGACUUGUUACUUUUAAAUUCCUAACUGGAAAUAAAGUAAAACAUACUUUCUAGUGGAAAGUGUCGAAAUUGUGGAGUUUUGAGCUUUGGUGUAAUUUUAAGACGUACUGUCUGUAAUCUUUGAAGUGUUUUUCAAGUGAUGUGAAUCCAAAUAUUGACAUUAGUGUAUGUACUAUAGUGAACCCAUUGUGCCCAUUCUCCACCCCCCUCACUUUUUUUUAGCUUAUCUGCACUAAUUAGCAUAAACUUCAGCAUUUUGGAUAUAAUGUUCUAUCCAUGUAGGCUGAUAAUGGUUGUUAGUAUUAUCCCAUGGUUGAACAUUAAAACUUAGUGACGGAUAACAGUCCAGCUCAAGCUACAGUGAGUGGGAGUAAAUAUCAAACAAAUUAUUAAAUGCUUUUUAUACUCAAACUACCCAGUUUUUCUGGUUGAUAAAGAUUUAAUUAUUGGCAUUCGUAUGUUGAACACAGGAAGCCUUCGGCUUGUCUAGAUCUCUUUAGCCGAGGUAAGGCUUUAUCCACAGUUACAUAGCUAGUUGCUGUCCAGAUACUGGUGCUGCCAUCUAGACUGGCAUGUUUUAUUUUUGGUCUGAUCCAUUAACAGACAAUUUCAUGGUAUUGGUCAAUGAAGUGAAAUAACACACUUAAUUUUUUUUUUUUUUUUUUUUUUUUUUUUUUUUUUUGUGUGUGUGUGUGUGCGUGCGUGCGUGCAUGUGUGUGUGUGUGUGUACAGUAGUUUGAUAAGUAAUUUUAGUAAUGCUUGGAUACAUUUCAGACCAGAUUAUUAAAUUGUCAUAGUCAAUUUUAAAUUAAUUUUGUGAUGUUUCUGAGUGCAGUAUGAUCAUACUAGUGAUUUUGCAAUUAAGCAGCUUUUGUGAAAUGAGACAGUAAUAGGCAUUUUAUAUAUGAUUUUUCAAUGUAAAGAGUACUCCAACAAUUUCAAACAUUAAAAUCAAAUUGACAUACAAUUACCCCAAGAAAAAUAUGGUAUUUUACACUAUUAACUAUAUACAGUUCUGUAUAUAUUAGAUGUAGUUUUGUUAUUGAUAAGGCUGACUCAUUUGCUUAGAUUAUUUUCAGUCUGAAUAUGUUAUCAGCCAUAGUUUAUGAAGUCCAUAAUUGUUCACGUACAUAAAAUAUAUGGAUGAAAACAUUUGAGAUAUAAAUAUACCAGUAUAGGCUAUGUACUCGAAGGAUAGGGUAGUUGCUUUAUACCAGAGAAUCAUCAAAGACUUUCAUAAUUAUUACCUUAAAUAAAUGUGAAUUUUAAAUUUGCUUACAAAUAACUGACUUCAGUUACAUUUACAUUGGCUGUGUAAUGUGCAAGGUAAUUGAUAAAGCCUGAUAACUUGAGCCAACAUUGUACCUUUGUUUUUCAAGAAAUAUGAAAAAUACCAUCUACUCAGUAUAGUGAUACUGUAACAUAAUUCUACUGGAUUGCCAAGUAGAAGUUUUGUGAUUAUUUCUUGUAUUACAUAGACAACUUUGGAUAUUUUGGACUUAAUUUUAAUUUGACUUCUAAAAGGCUUCCAUUGUGAAAAUGGAUGUAAGUAUUUGGGUUACCUGACAAUGCUUGGGGUUGCAGCCCUGGGGCACACUCCAGUACCAGACCAGUCUCCCUGGUUGUUGAACUGAUCACCCAGGCUGCUUAUGUUAUUAGCCUUGUGCAGUCCAAGACAGCCUGGCUGAUCAGUAACUUAGUUCUCUCUUGAAGACACCUAGGGGAGGAGGGUCUGUUCAUGAAUAAUUCAUCUUGUGUGAAGGAUGUUAAAAGAGUCUGUCUACUUUUACAGUUGGUAGUUUUGAGAAGAGAUACAUCAGUCACGACUGCCUUUAUACUGAUAAAAUUUUUAAUGUAUAAUUAUGAAAUCAAAGUAGUGUUCAGCACAGUUAUAUAAAAAUUUCAUGUCCUGGAAUCAGGCAUAAAAGACUUCAUAUUGUAUAAACAUUUGCUCUUUUUUUUUUUUUUGGGGGGGGGGGGUAAUAAAUGUUAAACCAAGGUAAAAAUCCACUGUUCAGAUUGUUAAAUGUGCUAUGUUUUGAUUUCCCUUGAAAAUCUAGUCUACUUUUAAAUUUUUUUCAAAUUUUUGUUUUGGGUUUAUUGUUGGGUUAAUAUUUAAAAAGACAAGAAAAGUAAUUUUUGUUUACAAGUUGUAUAAAGGUCAUUCCUGGUAAGUAAUGACAGUUUUACGUUCUAAGCUUAAACAGUGUUAAUUUUGCUGAAGAGCAUAGUUUUAUAUGUUGUAAUUUAAUGUAUUCUGUGACGAUUUUUGGAGUUUGAGAGCUUCCACAUUGUUACAUAUGGAAGUCUGUAAGGGUAAACUACUGUACUGCUAUUUUUUUAAGAAAGCAUUAGACUUCUGAGUCAAUUAGUGAAUUCUUACAUUGCUGGAAACAGUAGUUUUCAUUCUAUUACAUUAUGUUCAUGUAAUAUUAGACAAAGAAUAUACAUACCAGUCUUGUCCUGUGUGAUAUAUAUCAUAAUGUGAAAACCACGUGAAAAUAAAUGUUAGUUCUAUAGUAUAAGUGUUCAUUACGCUUUGAUCCAUGGUAAAAGGUGUGUGUGUGACUGUGUAUAUUCCUGAGAGAAUAGAAUGUGCUGUAUGUGGCCGCUGCCUUAAUGACAUGGUGACUGUGGUUCUUGGUUGAAAAAAUCCAUAUUGCUUUUUAUAAAUCAGUAUAUAGUUCAUGAUGAUUAGGAUUUAUAUUCACACAUGGGUUGUGUAACUGGUAAAUUGAUAACAGGAUCUUAAUCCUUGAUUUAAGAUGAGGUAAGUAUUUUAUAAAUACGGAAAGGGAUCGUAAUGUAAACUUGUACAGUACUUAAAAGAAUUUGAGUAUUUCAGCAUUUUUUUUUUUAUGAGACCUGGUAGGUUUAGCACUUCUUUUUUAUUAUAAUAAUAAUAAUUUACGAGACCAGUGCUUGAUAAGAUAGCUUUUUAUUUUCCAUCAAAGCUUUAAAUUUCCCAGGACCAAAUCAUUAUCAUAUCCUAAUAUACUGCACAAUGUACAUGAUUAUUAACCCUUAAACUGUGCCUGGCGGGGAACCUGGACACCUUGUUGGUGUUCUUUAUGAUAGUGCAGUGUGCAAAAUAACAUGGAAUAAGUAGUAAACAGGGAGUAAGGGGCUAGUAACCCUCCUUCUCCUGUAUACAUUACAUACUAAAGUUAUGGAGAGAGAUACUUUUUUUUUUUUUUCUUUUUAGGCCACCCAGCCUUGGUGGGAUAUGGUUGGUUUGUUGAAAGAAGCAGUAGUAGUAGUAGUAAACAGAAUGAAGUGCACAUCUUACAGUAUAGUACUUGGGCCUAAUGACAUUAGUUGACAAAUCUACAUAUAGCAUACAAUUAAGUAAACCUAUUCAGUGGACUGCUAUAUGGAGUGGAUGGCCAGUAGCAGCAGUUGGUGUGGAUAGAGACAAGAUUUUGUUAUAAUUGUAGCAAUUGAUGACAAUCUUGUAACCAGCAAUCUCCGUUUUUUCCCAAAUCUGUAUGGCUCCCGUAUCCCCGAACGUGAUACAGUCAGGUUUCUAGGCCUUCUCUUUGACCGUAGGUUAUCCUGGAAACCUCACAUUACCUCUCUGAAGGUAACUUGUCACAGCCGGCUAAACCUUCUUAAAACCCUUGCUCAUCUUUCCUGGGGAGCUGAUCGUCAAACUCUGCUUCGCCUACAUUCAGCCCUCGUUUUAUCGAAACUCGAUUAUGGUGACCAGAUUUAUUCCGCGGCCUGCUACUCUCUCUAGCCUUAACUCUAUCCAUCACCAAGGAUUACGUUUGUGCCUUGGUGCUUUUCGCUCUUCCCCUGCUGAGAGCCUCUAUGCAGAAGCGAAUGUUCCAUCCUUGUCUGAUCGCCAUGAUGCCCAUUGCCUUCGCUACUAUGUACGCUCUCACGAUCUCCACAAUCCUUCCAUUUAUAGAAUGGUCACCGAUAUUAGUAGACAUUCUUUAUUCGUUCGCCGCCCCUGUUUGCUCCGUCCCUUUUCUCUUCGCCUACAUUCACUCUUGUCUUCCCUUCAGUUACCACCUUUAUAUGUUCAUGUAGCAUAUCACUUUUCCCUACCCCCCUGGGAAGUUCCAGCUGUUCGGGUCUGUUCUUUCUCACUCCCUUGCUCGAAAGCUCAACUGCCUACGGUGGCUUCCCGCUCUCAUUUUCUUGAUCACUUCCACUCCCAUUCUCAUGCCACAGAUGGCUCUAAGUCUUCAGACGGCGUCGGAUUCGCAGCAGUGUUUCCGGACAGCGUCGUGCGGGGGCAUUUACUAUCAUCGGCUAGCAUUUUUACUGCUGAACUGUAUGCCAUUCUUGCAGCACUUAUUCGUAUCGCAUCUAUGCCUGUGUCAUCAUUUGUGGUAGUCUCAGACUCUCUUAGUGCUCUACAGGCUAUACGAAAAUUUGAUACAUCUCACCCCCUAGUUCUCCGUAUCCAACUUUGGCUACGCCGUAUCUCUACGAAGCAUAAAGAUAUUAUUUUUUGUUGGGUCCCUGGUCAUGUCGACGUACAGGGCAAUGAACAGGCAGACACUGCUGCGCGGUCAGCAGUACAUGACCUACCAAUUUCCUAUAGAGGUGUUCCAUUUCUGGAUUAUUUUGCUGCAAUAGCUACCCACCUUCACGCCCGUUGGCAACAGCGUUGGUCAACUCUGCUUGGUAACAAACUUCAUUCUAUUAAACCGAGCAUAGGUUACUGGCCGUCUUCUUGUCAUCAGUGCCGUGGUUGGGAGACCACUCUCUCCCGUCUUCGCAUUGGCCACACUCGUCUUACUCACGGGUAGCUCAUGGAGAGGCACCCUGUACCUCUCUGUGAGCAGUGUCAAGUUCCAGUAUCGAUUAGCCACAUUCUGUUAGAUUGCCCUCUCUAUCAACGAGCACGCAGAAUUUACCUCCAACGCCGUCUUCGUUCUACUACUCUCUCUUUACCUUCCCUUCUUGCUGAUGGACCCUCCUUUAAUCCUGACUCUCUCAUUGACUUCUUGACAACGACUGAUUUACUCCACAAACUCUGAUGAUGAUACCUUACGCACUCCCCUCAGCCCUUUCUAGCUCAGUCUCUUGCUGCCCUUUACCCUUUCACCAUCCACUGCUCCGCUGUUAUCCGUAACCUGUUACUCAUCCACCUCCCUUUUGCCACCUGAUGCUCUCGCUUCCUUCCUGCCCUGCAGCGCUAUAUAGCCCUUGUGGUUUAGCGCUUCUUUUUGAUUAUAAUAAUAAUAAUAAUAAUCCUAAAUCUGUUUACCGUGUGGAUUUUGUCCUGUAUUGCUGAAGUACAAUAAUUUGAGCAUUUACUGUAUUAUUUAAUGCAAAAUACUACUUUUUCCACAAGUAUUGAGUAUACUUGUAGCUUGAUUAGUGUCUAUCGUAAUUUUUGUUGUAUUUUCUAAACAGCCUGUUCUCGCGUAACAUGCAAUUAGUGUAUUGUUUCCAGUGAAUUAAAUGAUUCCAGCGAGUCCUCUACUAAUGAUUGUUAUCUUCAUGUUUGUGUAAUUUUGUGAAUGACAGAGUUUAAAUCUAAAAUACUUUAGAUUAAAGUGAAAGAACAUAAUAAAACUUUUUAAUUCUGUUAUCACAAAAGUCAUACAGAAACUGAUUUGUGUAAUUGUGUUAGAAAAUUAACCCAGUCCAUUUGAAGUGAAUCUUUUUUUUUUUUUUAUCAAGUCAGUUGUCUCUCACUGAGGCAGGGUGACCCAAAAAAAAAAAAAAAAACACUUUCACCAUCAUUUACACAUAAUCACCAUCUUUGCAGAGGCACUCAGAUAAAGACAGUUUAGAUAUCGCUCCAAAAGUGCAGACAUUGUACUUCCCACCUCCAGGACUCAAAGUCCAGCUAACCAGUUUCCCUGUAUCCCUUCAGAAAAUAUUACCCUGCUCACACUCCAACAGCUCAUCAGGUCCCAAAAACCAUUAGUCUCCAUUCACUCCUAUUUAACAUGCUCACACAUGAAAUUAUAUAGUAUAUUGAUAUGAAGGAAUGCAUAUCUAUUUAUGUACAUGGUUUACUUUAUUACUUAAUUUAUAGGUGAAUUGAAGCCUUAAUAACCAAAGUGCAAUCAAUACGCAUUAAAACUUAGCAGAACAAGUCGUACAAUACUGUACAUUGAUUUUCCACCAGAAACCUGUGGACCGAACCGCAUUUGCAACAAGUUCAUGUAUGUCAUGUGAUCAAGACUUCCUAAAAGUAAUAUUUGUAUUGAUAGGAUUAUUUGUAUUACAGAAUUAUGCUCAUUUUAUAUUUUUCCCUUUACUGCUGUCUUCACUUCUUUUCCUAGUGUCAGCACCCAUUUACCAAAUGAUGAAUGACUCCUUAGGGUUUAGCAUUGUUUUAAUAUAUUUAUUAUUACCUUUAUCUUUAUUAGAUCAUAGUAAAUGUAUCUAUCACAGCUGUUUAGUUCAGAAUUAAAAGGGCUUACCCUUCUGAAAUGGUAGAGAAUUUUUCUGAAGGUAACAACACGAAAAGUACGAAAUUUUAUGGAAAGCUUAUAAAUUGCACUGGCCCAAAGUUAGAGAUCUGGGUGUAAUUUAGGCAUUGGCAGUUUUACCCACUUUUGAGGCCAAUUCCAUUGCUCAAUUCAACAAAAUUUGUAUCUAUUUCACUAGUAUUCCUUCUGUUCUGUCUAUUGAGCACAAGAAACUGCCCAUUCAACUAUCAAAUAUACCCUGUGAGGUGCUCAGAAGUUUGUAAUUUGACCAGUUUUAUAUGAAAUUAAAAAAAAAAAUAGUAUAAAAAUCAUCAAAUCUGGCAAUGACACAAGAAGAAGACAUUUUGUUAGUACGUAUAACUUUUUUCAUGGUUUUCAUCUAAACACGUUUAAUAUCUAUGUACAGUAUGUUGCAAUGUCACUGCAUUUUCUCACCGUGUUCUCUACAUAAUAGCACCUUCAUGCAGUUCCUCAGUGUUACUGGACAUCAUCCUGUUGAAGGACUAUGCAAGUGUUGAACUUGUUUUACUAUAUAAAAAAUUGUGCAUCCACUGCAUUUUUUUUUUUUUUUUUUUUUUUUACUUGCCAUCCUUCUCACUGAGUAGGACAACUCUCUCCCCAGAAAGAAACACACACAUCACCAUCUUUCAUUCAAUAUCUGUCUUGCUAGAAGUGUUUAAAUAUUAGAGUUCAAGUGAUCUGCACUUCCACAUCUUCCACUACUCCCAGAGCUGGGAGGCACUGUACUUUCCACCUCUAGGACUUUUUUUUUUUUUUCCCCAAGUCCAGCUAACCAGUUUCCCUAAAUCCCUUCAUGAAUGUUAUCUUGCUUACACUCCAACAGCAUGUCAAUCCAUACAAACCACUUCUCUCCACUUGGUGAGACCCUUGUGAGUUUAGUUAGGAUCAUAAUAAUAAUCCACUUGCUCUGAUUUAACAUGCUCAUACAGGCCUGCUACAUGCUCAAAUUUCAGCAUACAAAACCUGCAAAAAUUUUAAUUAUGUAAAUUAGGUUAUAUUGGCACUUAAUUUGAACCACUUUUAAUUUGAAGAUAUGUAAAUCGUUCCAUUCCCUAAGCAGAAAAAUGUGUCAAGCUCAGUUUAAUGGUUAAUGCCGGUCAAUAGAAUUUUUUUUUCCUGAAAUGUAAUUUUAAUAGAACCGCUGAUUGCCUUUGUCAUAUAUUGUUUGUGGUUUACUUUAAGUUUGCAUUAAAUAUUCCCUGAAUAAAUGUUGCAUUUGAUGAUGAAAGACCAUGAUAGGUGGCGACAGUACUUUACAGUGAUGUACAUUUAUUUUGUGUAUAAUAGUUUAAUCACAUUUACAUUAGUUUUGCUCUUUUAAAAGCAUUUAUGAACCUUUAUGGGACAGUCAUUUUCACUGUAAUUUCUUAUUAACAACUAUAUACAGUACCUUACAAAACAUAUCAAUGGCUUGGAUAGAAGUAAAGACUGGUGCAAAGCAAGCUUUUAUUAAGACAUUUUUCUGUGUAAAGUUCUACUCAGUAAAACAUCUCAGUGAAAGUUUUACACAUCCCUGUUGCCUCUUCAGUAUUGUUGGUAGUGUACCUUGGUAUGUGUUGCUUGGAUAAAUUAGAACAUUUUCUUGGUAUAAUAUUCCUCUAAAUUUAAUUGUGGCUGCACUGUUUACAGUUGUGAUAAAAAUUUGCAGUUUUGUUAGUAAUCCUCAAAAGGUGAUUGCUGCAUAAUAUAAUAAUUUCUUUACUCUGCUUGCAUAAAGCUUUUUUCUUUACCAUGACUAAGCACCAUACUUGAGUGUUGUUUUCCAUUGCAAGCUAUUAGAAAAAAAUUAGUUCUACGUAGUUUAUAAAAAGUGAUUUGAAGCACAUUCAAAUUGUACUUUAGAUUAUCCAAGUAAGUAUUUACAAUUGCUCAGUGGUGUGACUGCCAUACCUUUGUAUAUUAUAAUUAAUAUUAUUAUGCUUGUUAGUAAAUUUAGGUUAUUAUAUGUGGCCAUUUUGAAUGCUUCUUUGGUUUGUAUAUUCUCAGAUUUACACCUCAAAAGCUGUAUAGCCCUUGUGGCUUAGCGCUUCUUUUUUAUUAUAAUAAUAAUAAUAAUACACCUCAAAAUAAAUCCAGCUUUCAACUCUAAAUAGGUUUUCAUCAGUAUAACUUAGGCAAUGCAUUUACCUAAUUUAAGCACUGCAUCUUUGUAUUGAAUAAAGUCAUGCCCAAAAAUCUUAAAAUCAUCAUAGGUAUCAUUAUUGAGGCGUACUAUUAUAUAUCUGGUAAAACAUCAAGAAAAGCAUAAAUAAAAUGAACACAGCAAAUUCAUUGUUUAUAAAUCGAUAGUUAUGUUGGUUACAUAAAUCCUUAUUUUUGUUUAAGAGAUUGUGCCAACUACUAUAAUAGAAUGUAUGAUCAUCAAGGUAUUCAGCUUGUGAAAGUAUAGUACAGUAAACCCUUGAUUUAAUGGGCUAAAGAAGGAAGCGGCUGGCUGGUAAUGUCAUAUGAGGUGGAUAAAAAUGAGAUUGUUCUAACAUGAUCCUGACAGUGACAGGUAGUUCUGUCACCAGGGGACGCUGUUGUUUCUAAAUCAACUGACCUAAUGGAUUUUGUCCUGUAUUUCCAAGUUCAUUAAAUUAAGGGUUUAUUGUAGUUAAUAUGUCAAUAUUACUUGUACACUAGUGUCAAAAGUUCAUUAAGAUAAGUGCUCUAUGAAUUUAUAACGUGUGCCUACAUUUGCCAACAAAGUUGUAUUUAAGUGUUUAGCAGAUACCCCUCCAUUCUCAAGAUGUACUGAAUAACUGUUGGUUUAAAUAGUAAAUUUCAAUUUGAAAACCUUUGCACAAUACAACUAUUUCUAAAUAAAAACAGUAGCACGUUGAUUAGUAAAAUUACGGUAUAUGUAUAUCAUUUACCUUCUGGAUGAUUCAGUACAUGUUGCUCUGAACUAGUAAGUAUGAUUUGAAAGGUUUGGUAGCAGUUCAUUUUCUACUGUUUUGUGGAAUACUCUAUAGAAGUGUUUAAAAUAUAUGAAAGACAAGAAGAGGACAAAUUUAUUGGUAGGAUAGUAUAAGAAGUUUGAGUGUGGCAUUCGAAUUAGUCAUCCUGGAUUUAAAUUCUUGACAAGUUCCUAAUUAAGGAUGAAAUUUCUAUACAUGCAUCUAAACCUCUUAUUAGGAAUAUGCUGUAUGUGCAGCAUUAACUUGCUGUGAAGGUAAAUAUUUAAGUUAUAAUUGGUAGUUAUUACUGGCUCAUAUGUGCAAAAUAGAGUGAAGGUUUCAGUGAGCUAAUGAUCGUGUCACAGGUAUUUGCAGGAAUAGUUAAUUUAGUAAGAUGAGUAGACAAGUUUCUUCCAAAGCCUAGGAAAUGCCACCCUUUUUCCUUCUGCAUAAAUAAAACCUGCUUAGCCGAUAGAGAAAAUCAUUUUUUUUUUUUUUUUUUUUUUUUUUUACUUCAGGGCACAGCAGUAAAACAUUCCAGUUCAUAAACAAUAGGCACAUCACUCAAAAUACACUAAAAUGUUACUGUGUUUGCCAUCUCUUGAAAUUAGAGGCAUUCCAUAAUUCUUUAAAUUAUAUUCUUGGAAAUUCAUGGUGGUGAUGGUCUAAUCUGCCUAAUCAAAGCAAAAUCAUUGAUGUGGUAUGAGAAUAACUAGAAAUGUAAUAGUUCUAAUACUUCUUUGUCAUUGUAGAUAAUAUUAGAAAACAUGCCUAAGUUCUGUAUAUUUGUCCCAUAGCCCAAAAACUUUUCAGGGUGUUACAAGCUCUUCAUUCAUAGGAAAGAAGGAAGCCUUGAAUGAGUUUUUUUUUUUUUUCUUCAUGUAGGAAAAGUCAGGAGAUAAAUUACAUUUAAAAGCUUUUUACCAUUAACAAAUUUUGUCUGCCAGCUAUGGGGAAGGAAACUGAUAUACCUAAGUUUAAAAAGAGUCCAUUAAUUGCUCCAAUUUUAAAUCCUGCAUAUUCAUGGUAGCACCCAAAUUUGAAGUGCUGAACAAUAAGAGUACUAUUGAAUUACUUUUUCACGUUUUCCCAGGUUGAAUAUCCUCGUCACACAAGUUCCUAUUAUUAUGCUGUCAUUGGAAAAACGAUUUAAAAAAUUAGUGGAAAUUUAUUUUUAUUUUACAGAUGAAAACUGAUAUCAGAUUAGUGAUAUUGUAAAUAAUUAACAGGUAAAAUAAAGGAUGACCAGUCAUG